AUGGCCAGAAUUAACACUCAAUACUCCCCCAACCUGCCCCAUCCUGUGGUAAGGACCACAGACAGAGAUCUUGAUCACCUUGAAAACAGCCUCUGCAGGACCCACUUGCCAUGCGAGGAGACAUCGUCAGGACUGCAGCAAAGGAUCGCCAUGGAGACCAGAGGAGGGUCUGAAUCCAGGCAAGCCUCCUUCACGGGCCAGGAUCCUGCCAGGCUAUGGAGCCUCAUUGCCUCACUGCGAACGUGGGCUUCCAGGCACUUACAGCACCAGGACCAGAGACCUGACUCCUUCCUGGAGCGUUUCCGUGGAGCUGAGCUCAAAGAGGUGUCCAGCCAAGAAAGCAGUGGCCAGACCAAUGUGAGUGGCCAGGAGUCACCAGACAGAGAGAGCAGUGACAAGGCAAGAGAAGAGAAGAAAGAGAAAAGGGAAGAAGAGAGAAAGAAAAACUGCCUAAAGCAAGAGGAAAAGAAGGACACCAUCGUGGUGGACCCCUCCAGCAGCAUGUACUACCGCUGGCUGACUGUCAUUGCCCUGCCUGUCUUCUACAACUGGUGUCUGCUGGUGUGCAGGGCCUGUUUUGAUGAGCUCCAGUCUGAGCACCUGGUGCUGUGGCUGGUCCUGGACUACUCGGCUGAUGUCCUCUACGGCGUGGAUGUGGUGGUGCGAGCCCGGACAGGCUUCCUCGAGCAAGGCCUGAUGGUCAGAGAUACCAAGAGGCUGUGGCAGCAUUACACAAAAACCUUGCACUUCAAGCUGGAUGUGUUGUCCCUUGUCCCCACAGACCUGGCUUAUUUUAAGCUGGGCAUAAACUACCCAGAACUGAGGUUCAACCGCCUACUGAAGUUUGCCAGGCUGUUUGAAUUCUUCGACCGCACAGAAACCAGGACCAACUACCCCAAUGUGUUCAGGAUUGGGAACUUGGUUUUGUACAUCCUCAUCAUCAUACACUGGAAUGCCUGCAUCUACUUUGCCAUUUCCAAGUCCAUUGGCUUCGGGACAGAUUCCUGGGUCUACCCAAACAUCUCAAACCCAGAGUAUGGGCGCCUUUCCAGGAAAUACAUUUACAGUCUCUACUGGUCCACCUUGACCCUGACCACCAUUGGUGAGACCCCACCCCCUGUGAAAGAUGAGGAGUAUCUCUUCGUAGUCAUAGACUUCCUGGUAGGUGUCCUGAUUUUUGCCACUAUUGUGGGCAAUGUGGGUUCCAUGAUCUCAAACAUGAAUGCCUCACGGACUGAGUUCCAGGCCAAAAUUGACUCUAUCAAGCAGUACAUGCAGUUCCGCAAGGUGACCAAGGACUUGGAGACACGGGUCAUUCGGUGGUUUGAUUACCUGUGGGCCAACCGGAAGACGGUGAAUGAGAAGGAGGUGCUCAAGAGCCUCCCAGACAAGCUGAAGGCUGAGAUCGCCAUCAACGUGCACCUGGACACACUGAAGAAGGUCCGCAUCUUCCAGGACUGUGAGGCUGGGCUCUUGGUAGAGCUUGUACUGAAGCUGCGGCCUGCAGUGUUCAGCCCGGGGGACUACAUCUGCAAGAAGGGGGACAUCGGGAGGGAAAUGUACAUCAUCAAGGAGGGCAAGCUGGCAGUGGUGGCUGAUGAUGGGAUCACCCAAUUUGUGGUCCUCGGUGAUGGGAGUUACUUUGGGGAGAUCAGCAUCUUAAAUAUCAAGGGGAGCAAGUCAGGGAACCGUAGGACGGCCAACAUCAGGAGCAUCGGAUACUCAGACCUGUUCUGCCUUUCCAAGGAUGACCUUAUGGAGGCACUCACCGAGUACCCUGACGCCAAGAAGGCCCUGGAGGAGAAAGGACGGCAGAUCCUGAUGAAGGACAACCUGAUCGAUGAGGACCUGGCCAAGGCUGAGGCAGACCCCAAGGACAUCGAGGAGAAGGUGGAGCACCUGGAGUCCUCCCUGGACACCCUACAGACCAGGUUUGCACGGCUCCUGGUUGAGUACAAUGCCAGCCAGAUGAAAGUGAAGCAGCGUCUCAGCCAACUAGAAAGCCAGAUGAAGGCCUGUGGGAGCAGCCCUCUGUUUGAUGAGGAUGCUCUAGAACCAGAAACCAAACAACAGUGA